UAAAAGGAAAUCCAUUCCUCUCUCUGAUGAUGAACAUCUCACUCUAAAUAUUUAUAGAAAAAAUAUACGGUUGAGUGCUCUGCAGCUGCCAUGGCUUCUGGUUGUCAAUAGCUUUGGUUUCCAAACCAUUGCUUAUGAAACCAACAUUUUUCUGUCUUAUUUCUCUCUUCCAUGGUAGGAGCAAUGUUACCUUUCAUGAUUUCAACCCUCAUCCUCUAUCCCUUGUUCUGGCUACCUGUGGUCCAUUCGGAAUCUACAACUUGGAAUACAAAUUCUGAACACCAAACUGUUGGAGAAAAUUUGGGCUCUAGACUUUGCAUCGAAGAAUCUGACACUCAAACCAUGCCUCGUCAUCCUUCAACUGACUGGGGCUUGCAAAUGGUUCAAGGAAGAGAUGAAAUGUACAAGGCGAUAUUAAGAGAUGAUGCAGUUGCAAAACUUUAUCAUCUUGGCAAGAUAAGUGAUGCUGAUGGUUAUCUUGAGCGCACAUUCUUAAGUCAUGCAUCCAUACAGGCUAGCAGUGUUAUACGUGGCUGGAUGGAGGACGCGGGUUUGACAACGUGGGUGGACCAGAUGGGCAAUGUUCAUGGACGAACUGAAGGAAUGAAUGCUAGUGCGGAAGCUCUGCUUAUUGGCUCUCACUUGGACACUGUCAUCGAUGCUGGAAUUUAUGAUGGGUCCCUAGGCAUAAUUUGCGCAAUAUCUGCAAUGAAGGUAUUGAAGAUGAGUGGGAUGUUAGAAAAGCUUCGGCGGCCGGUUGAGAUUAUUGCUUUUAGCGAUGAGGAGGGUGUACGAUUCCAGAUGACUUUCUUAGGAAGUGCUGCUAUAUCUGGAGUUCUUCCAGUGACAAGCCUGCAUGUAUCUGACAAGAGUGGCUUAACAUUAGCAGAUGUACUCAAGGAAAACCAUUUUGAAGCUACAGAGGAAAGCUUGCUCCAUCUCAAGUAUGAUCCCAUGUCAGUGUGGCGUUAUAUCGAGGUUCACAUUGAGCAAGGCCCUGUCCUGGAAUCACUUGGUGUUGCUCUUGGAGUUGUUGAAGGGAUUGCUGGGCAAACACGCAUCAGGGUAACUGUGAUAGGUUCACAAGGGCAUGCUGGGACUGUGCCAAUGUCAAUGCGCAGGGACCCCAUGGCAGCUUCUGCGGAGCUUAUUGUUAUGUUGGAAGAUCUAUGUAAACACCCUGAAAAUAAAAUCAACCAUGAUCGAGAAAGCAAGGGAUUCAUAAAGGAAGCUUUUGCAGGAUCUGUUGUCUGUACAGUUGGACAAAUAUCUUCCUGGCCAAGUGCUAGUAAUGUCAUUCCAGGACAGGUAACAUUCAGUGUGGAUGUACGUGCAAGUGAAGACAGGGCACGUGAAGCCAUCAUUUUAGAACUGGAGAAUGAAAUGCAUCAAAUAUGCAAUCGGCGAUCAGUGUCUUGCUUCCUUGAACUUAAGCAUAAUGCUGAAGCAAUUCGAUGUGACAAGGAACUGAGCUUGCAACUAAAGAAUGCAGCACAAAUUGCUGUAAAGAGUAUAAGCGGUGAUAUUGGAGACAACAUCCCAAUUUUGAUGAGUGGAGCAGGACAUGAUGCUAUGGCAAUAGCUCAUUUAACAAAGGUUGGGAUGUUGUUUGUUCGCUGCCGUGGUGGCAUCAGCCAUUCAUCUGCUGAGCAUGUUAUGGAGGAUGAUGUAUGGGCAGCCAGUUUGGCAGUCUUGGAAUUUUUGCAGACACAGAUGAAUGAAUGAUCAUUUGUACUCAGUUGUCAAUUCCUGAAUCAAACAUAUUUGUUGUGUUAUAUUUGCAAAUACGCAUAUUUUUAAACAGAAAAUAGAACUCUUGUUUGGAUAGAGCGUUUAUUUGUGUACUUUCUGUUGAAUAGGACUCAAUGUAGGGCACCAACUGCAGCUUUGUACAGUUUCCAUCUUGGUGGUUCAUUAAACUUGUUUGUUUAUUCUUCUGGCAA